UCCGAAUUCGUGUGUCGAGUAAACCUUUCCUUCCUGCUGUAUAUUCACUUUUUCCCUUAACUACUUUUCAUGAUGAUCAUACAGCAACAUAUCCCUGACACGAUGACAAAGAAAACUACAUGAUAACAAAAUAUCGAGGAUGAUUCACGAGCAAGAGCAACAAAAUGCCUCUCGGUCUUCAAAGCAUCGUCGCAUCGAUGACCACAGAUGAUAUUCACAGGAUUAUAGCGCCAAUCGACACGCUCCCAAGACGAUCACAUCAUCAGAAUUUUGAGGUCACAACGUCCUUCGCCCGCCGCAUCCCAGGGUACGAGCUGAGCAACAUCAACUGCCCAGAAGGGGAUACCACAGGCAGUGUCGACAAUGACGGAGUCGACAUCGCAGAAAACAUCAUGGAUCGCAUUUACAUCGAGCAGAAGAACACACUUCUAUUCGGCGUGUCGGGUUGUGCCUUCGCGUCAGGAAUUGUCACGGCUUUCAUGUUGAGGUUACCAGGAUUGUCGAAAUACGAUAAGAAAGGUGGUAGUGGAAUGGACCAGGAAGAAGAUGACGAUGAUCUUAUAGGAGGACAGAGUGGACGAGGAAUGAGUCAGGGUCCACCGUCAGCUGGAGGUAGUUCCCCUGGUUCAAAUCUUUCAGGAGAUGCAGAAUCUGUUGAUGACGGGUGAUUAAGUAGAUGAUUGCGUAAUAGCACUAAUUAUCUUGUGAUGGCGAUGACAACUACCUCUGCUGUAUCUUCUGACACUUGCAGCAAGUCCUUGCAUCUACCGACCGAGCUAGUAC